UACUUGCCACUCUCCUCUCUUCACACUCUCUCUCUCCUCCACCUCUAUCAAACCAUUAAUCACCUAGGCAUCCAUCGUAGUUUGGACUCCCUUCCUUCACUCCACUCUUCUUCCUUUUCCUCAAUUUCUCAAUUCCUUUUUUGUAAAAUUGUUCUACUAAGGCCCUACUAAAUAUCUUUCGACAUUGACUUCUGCAUGCCAUACAUUGUUCUUUGAGAUAAAGUGUUGUGGAGUUACUGUUGCAUCUGCUUCUUUGGCCGCUCUCUAUAAUUUGAGGACCAAUGGUAGCUGCAGUGGCAGCACCUGCAGUGGCGCAGUCUUUGUUGCGGCCUUUUCGCUUAUCGCCUUCAUCUAUUCCUCAUUCACCAUGUAACUCUAGACAUUUUCCAUCUCUAUCCUCCACCCUUCAAUUCAAGAACCAUGAUUGCAGUGUCUGCAGCUCUUCUCUGUUGAUCAGCAACAGCCGCGGUAUUAGUCCAUUUUCACUUCAUCUCCAUCAGCAGUUUAAGCCACUUGCUGCCCUUGAUUUUGAUCUUCCUCAUCCUAUUCAACCAGGAGAGGAAGCAGCUAAGAUCAAUACAAAUGAUGACACAGUUAAGCAAUGGGAUUGGUGGACGGCAAAGUUUGCUGCAUCUGCCAAUAUUCCGUUUCUCCUCCUUCAGCUCCCUCAGAUUUUGCUCAAUGCUCGUAAUCUUAUGGCUGGCAACAGUUCUGCUCUUUCCGCUGUUAAUUGGCUGGGUUCCCUAACUGGUUUGCUAGCAAAUCUGUCGCUGCUUUCAUACUUUGCCAAGAAAAAGGAGACAGAAGCAAUGAUAGUGCAAUGCCUGGGAGUUUUUACUACUUAUGUAGUGAUUUCACAGCUAGCAUUGGCUGAGGCAAUGCCCUUCCCUUAUUACAUUUUGACCUCUACAGUAGUUGGUACUGGUGUUAUCUCCAACUUCCUCAAUUACUUUGGCAUGCUUCCGCCUGUUAUCUGGGGUAUUUGGGAAGAUUUCAUCACUGUUGGUGGGCUCUCUGUCCUUCCUCAGGUUAUGUGGUCCACCUUUGUUCCAUAUAUUCCAAACAGCAUCCUUCCUGGAGCUAUAUCAUUUGUUUUAGCCAUGGUAGCAGUUGUCAUGGCUAGAACGGGUAAACUCUCUGAAGAAGGGGUCAAAUUUUAUGGAGCUAUAUCAGGAUGGACUGCUACACUUCUGUUCAUGUGGAUGCCAGUUCCACAAUUGUGGACAAACUUCCUGAAUCCUGAUAACAUAAAAGGCUUGUCAGCUUUGUCAAUGUUGCUGGCAAUGACUGGGAACGGACUAAUGAUUCCUCGUGCACUUUUCACCCGUGAUUUUAUGUGGUUUCUUGGUUCAAUAUGGGCAUCCUUUCUUUAUGGCUGGGGGAAUCUCCUCUGCAUGUACUUGUUUAACAGCAUCAGUCGGGAAUUUUUCUUUGCAACCACAGCGGGCUUAUUGAUCUGGAUAGGACUAACAUUUUGGAAGGACAGUCGGGCAUACGGACAUUCGUCACCCUUGAGGUCUUUCAAGGAGCUGGUGUUCGGGUCACAACCUUGAACAAUACCCUCAUUUACACUACUUGAUCUUAAUAACAGGUUUCUUUUUGGCUCAUUUACAUUGUAGACAAUGUAUUUAUGUAAUGAAUAUUAGUAUAUACGAGUUCCUUUAUCAGAAAUAAUAUUUUCGCGUUGA